UGUUUAGUCUUUCCUUGCUGGUUCGGAUAUCGGGUCUAACAUCACUAAGCAGCUGCAAUAAUUUUAUUUUACCAGUUAAUUUGUGUCGCCUUCACGGCUGAAUCAUUUUUGUCUUCUCUUUUUUUUGACAUUUAACUAAAAAUAAUCUUAGUUUUAUGUAAGAUAUCUGCAAAAUAUUAAUUAUUUUAUUAUAUUCAAACACAGAAUGUACUUUCCUUAAAGGUUGACUCAUUAUUCGAUUCUAGAAAAUUAAAAUUUGUUAAAACAAAUAAACAAACAAUAUGGCAGUGAUUGGAAUGGUAUCUGCCGUUUCCGGCUUCGUAAAAAUAAGAUAUCUUUUGGAUAGAGCAAUAAUAGAUAACAUGGUAUUUCGAUGCCAUUAUCGAAUGACAACAGCAAUACUUUUUGUCUGCUGCAUUAUUGUUACAGCAAACAACUUAAUUGGUGAUCCAAUAAACUGCAUCAACGAUGGAUCAAUUCCAAUGCAUGUGAUUAACACUUUUUGCUGGAUAACAUACACGUAUACUAUACCGGGUCAACAACAUAGGCAAAUCGGCACUGACGUUGCCAGCCACGGCUUGGGAAAUGAAUAUGGCGAAGAGAAGAGAUAUCACAGUUACUAUCAAUGGGUUCCAUUUGUCUUAUUCUUCCAGGGAUUAAUGUUUUAUGUACCUCAUUGGAUAUGGAAAAAUCUCGAAGAUGGCAAAAUGCGUAUGAUUACCGAAGGUCUCCGUGGAAUGAUCACAAUACCAGAAGAUUAUCGAAAGGAACGACAAAAUAGAAUAGUUCAAUAUUUUAUCGAUAGCCUCAACAGUCACAAUGGAUAUUCUUUUGGAUACUUUUUCUGUGAAUGUCUAAAUUUCGUAAAUGUUAUACUUAACAUAUUUAUGGUGGACAAAUUCCUUGGAGGUGCAUUUAUGACAUACGGCACAGAAGUUAUUAAGUUUUCGAAUAUGAAUCAAGAGAAUCGAUAUGAUCCGAUGAUUGAAAUAUUUCCUAGAUUGACUAAAUGUACAUUCCAUAAGUAUGGUCCAGGUGGAUCACCACAGAAACACGAUACUCUUUGUGUUUUGGCUUUGAACAUUUUAAAUGAGAAGAUUUAUAUAUUUUUAUGGUUCUGGUUUAUCAUUCUUUCUGUAAUUUCUGCAGCAGCUUUACUGUACUCGUUUGUGCUUAUUUCGAUGCCUACUACUCGUGAAACUGUUUUAAAGCGAAGAUAUCGCGAUGGAACUGGCAAAGAAAUUGAAGGACUAGUUCGCAGUAUUGAUAUUGGGGAUUUCUUAAUUUUGCACUUUUUAGGACAAAAUUUGAACACAAAAUCUUAUACAGAUAUGUUGCAGGAUCUUUGCAGUAAGAUUGAUUGCAACAGGACUCCAUCAGCUCCAUCUACAUUGGAAAUGCAUCCAAUUUAUCCACAAGUAGAUAAAUUCAGCAAGGAAACUGAAACAUAGAUUAUGAAACGUAAACAAUUCCAGUAUAAAUUUAACUUAUCAUUUAAAUGAAUAAAUCAAUAUUUUUUUUUCUUAAUAAGUAACGAAAUUUUACUAAAAUUAAAGACAAAAGACUGUUUUAGACGAUUGAAUAAAAACGCCAUUUUUUGAAACUAUCAUAAAAGUAUAACAAUGCUUAGCCAUUUACGCAUGUCAAUGAUUAGAUACAUAAUAAUUGUAUAAUUAAACUAUUCGAUUGGUUAAAAAACAAAAACAAACUAUAAUUGUUUUUUCUUAAAAUAAGUUCAUUUCUAUCAAUUUAUGCAAUAUUAUAAUCAAAAUUAAGUAAGCGCAUCAAAACAUUUUAUUUUAAAGUUGUUUGUAACUUAAUUAAUUGGUUAACAAUUAUAUUUUGAAUUAAAUAAAAGCUUGUGAUUUCCUAA